UCCGGCGGGGGCAGCGCCGCCCGCCCCCCCUCGGCGAUGACCUCGGCCGGCGCCCCGGGCGCCCUGCCCGCGGGGACGCCUGUGAGCAGCCUCCAUGAGGCCCUGGACCAGUGCAUGACGGCCCUGGACCUCUUCCUCACCAACCAGUUCUCAGAAGCACUCAGCUACCUCCAGCCCAGGACCAAGGAGAGCAUGUACCACUCGCUGACGUAUGCCACCAUCCUCGAGAUGCAGGCCAUGAUGACCUUUGACCCACAGGACAUCCUGCUUGCCGGGAACAUGAUGAAGGAAGCUCAGUCACUGUGUCAGAGGCACCGGAGGAAGUCUUCUGUGACAGAUUCCUUCAGCAGCCUGGUGCACCGGCCCACCAUGGAGCAGUUCACAGAAGAGGAAAUCCACGCUGAGGUCUGCUACGCCGAGUGCCUGCUGCAGAGAGCAGCCCUGACCUUCCUGCAGGAUGAGAACAUGGUGAGCUUCAUCAAGGGUGGCAUCAAAGUUCGCAACAGCUACCAGACAUACAAGGAGCUGGACAGCCUGGUCCAGUCCUCACAGUACUGCAAGGGAGAGAGCCAUAGGCACUUCGAAGGAGGGGUGAAGCUUGGCGUGGGAGCCUUCAACCUGACGCUGUCUAUGCUUCCCACUCGGAUCCUGCGGCUGCUCGAGUUUGUGGGGUUUUCAGGAAAUAAGGACUACGGGCUGCUGCAGCUGGAGGAGGGCGCGUCGGGGCACAGCUUCCGCGCCGUGCUGUGCGUCAUGCUGCUGCUGUGCUACCACACCUUCCUCACCUUUGUGCUCGGUACUGGGAAUGUCAACAUUGAGGAAGCAGAGAAGCUCUUGAAGCCCUACCUGAAUCGAUAUCCUAAGGGCGCCAUCUUCCUGUUCUUCGCGGGGCGGAUUGAAGCCAUUAAAGGCAACAUUGACACAGCCAUCCGGCGGUUCGAGGAGUGCUGUGAGGCCCAGCAGCACUGGAAGCAGUUCCACCACAUGUGCUACUGGGAGCUGAUGUGGUGCUUCACCUACAAGGGCCAGUGGAAGAUGGCCUACUUCUACGCCGACCUGCUCAGCAAGGAGAACUCCUGGUCCAAGGCCACCUACAUCUACAUGAAGGCUGCCUACCUCAGCAUGUUUGGGAAGGAGGACUACAAGCCUUUUGGGGAUGACGAGGUGGAGUUGUUUAGAGCCGUGCCAGGCCUGAAACUCAAGAUCGCUGGGAAAUCUCUACCCACAGAGAAGUUUGCCAUCCGGAAGUCCAGACGCUACCUCUCCCCCAACCCUGUCUCAUUGCCAGUCCCUGCUCUGGAGAUGAUGUACAUCUGGAAUGGCUACGCCGUGAUGGGGAAGCAGCCGGAGCUCACGGACGGGAUGCUCGAGGUGAUCACCAGGGCUGAAGAGACGCUGGGGAAGAGCCCAGAGAAUGAGUUCUCGGCGGACGACGAGUGCCUGGUGAAGCUGCUCAAAGGCCUGUGUCUGAAGUACCUGGGCCGCGUGCAGGAGGCCGAGGAGAACUUCCGGAGCAUCUCGGCCAAUGAAAAGAAGAUUAAAUAUGACCACUACCUGAUCCCCAACGCCCUGCUGGAGCUGGCCCUGCUGUUCAUGGAGCAAGGCAGAAACGAAGAGGCCAUCAGGCUCCUGGAGUCCGCCAAGCAGAACUACAAGAAUUACUCCAUGGAGUCAAGGACACAUUUUCGAAUCCAGGCAGCCACACUGCAAGCCAAGUCUUCCCUAGAGAAUGGCAGCAGACCCAUAGUCUCAUCAGUGUCCUUGUAGCUUUGUGCGGCACCCCUGGCCUGGAAGGACAGACUGCUGAACAGAGCUCCUGGAAACAUUUCAAAGCCCCCCUUCCCCUUGCCCUGCCCUGCCUUUGGGGUCCACCGGUGCUCCACGGGGAUGGCAUGAUGUGGUAUCUGUGCAGAAGCAAAGCUGGCGUUUUCACCAGUGCGGCCAAGGGCCUUUGCCAAGGGCAGAGCAGGUAGAGCCCUCUGCCUGCCCUUCACACAUACGGGUACUUGUUUUUCACUGUGAUGUCUAAGAGAAUGUAUGAACAGUUUACAUUUUCCUAAGAAAUACAUUGAUGGGAUCAUAGUUGGCUUUAAAAAAAAAAACACACACACAACCAACCAACUCUGUGUAUAUCUUUGUUUUCACUCUGUGCUCUGGAGGUCGAUCUCUCUGACGCCACUGGCCGACGUGCUUGUCCAGCUUCAGCAGCUGUCCACGCUGCUGGGGGCUGGGCCCGAGGCCGGACACAGACACCCACCACCUCACUUCUUUUCAUUCCCUUUCUAACUUUCCAACCUAAAAGUUGGGCGGUCUUUUUAGUGAGAUAAAAUGUGAGUUUCUGUUGAAAAAUCAGUCUCCACCAGUGGUGAGGGGGAUGCCGAGGCCUGACAAGGUGUGGCUCCCUCUGUGCCGAAGCCAGGAAGUUCGGGAGGUAGCGGGUUUCCCAGAGUCCCACCCGCGCCCCCGCUGUGGGCCACACGGACGGCGCUGGGACCAAUCCACGCGUCGUAAACAUCGUCUGUGCUGCACUCCAAGCCACAUUUAUUUUCUGACAGCUUGUUUUUCUUAGAAAUGGACCAGGUAUUCUUGGCCUGUUGUAAAUGUUUUAGAUUUUUCAGUUAAGAGCAAAAAUACAUUUAAGUAAUAAAAUUUAUUCACUUACGAGAUCAUGCAACAUCCAUUUCAAUAAAAUAUGUGUUGCUUGAAUUCUUAGGCAGGGCAAAGCCUUGACCAGAAGCUUACCUGGUCCGUGUACGUUUUGCUUGAACAACCUGAUGUUUCAAACUUUGUAAGUUCCCGACAUUUGAACAUGAAGAGACGGCACACAUGAAUCAGGUUUCUGGUAACUAACCAAGAAGGAGGAAGAGGAGGAGGAGGAGGAGGGGAGGACAAGAAGAAGAAAACCAGGAAAAAGACCUGGCACCCGCGUGUCUUAUUCGCUGCAUAGAAUUCCGCAGGAAUCGGCCCGAGCUGAUGUUUGCUUUCUGGCCCUAACUGCAUCUGAAUUUGCAAUUUCUGGGCCCGUGAAAGUGAGAACUCCAGGUCAGGACCAGCACCCGAGUCUACGGUUCGCAGCCCAACGCCAGAGCUCGUCACCUUGGCCCCUGCCCGGGUCACCGCCGGGACAGC